CGAAUUUUACACUUUCCUACUUAUUUGAAGUUUCAGGGAAUGCAUUAAUCAUGUAAAGAGGUCUGGCAAACGACGCUAACCUGGAGCAAGAAAGUCAGAAUGAAUUGAACAAAACGUUUAUAUGUUGGUUUGGUCAGCCGGAAAGUUUUUGCGCAAACUCCGUCAAUGGCAGCACAACCAUUUACAACUGUACCAAUCUAUUGUACAUGCAUCCUACUCCUUUUGAAACAAACAAACUUGUUUGGCUCAACAACAGGUUCUGAGAUGAACAACACGUCAUCUACUACGAAUUUUGAGCCAGGCCUCACAACUACAGGAAGACAAACAUCGCAAAUUGCUACUGCUGUCGCUUUUUCAACGUUUGUAUCACAAACACCAUCAUUGUCUUCAUCGCAUAAAGCAAACGCUUCCCUAAGUGUUGGAAGUUACAGUAACAAAGCGAGCACAGCAAUUAUGUCAACACUGUUGUCUUCCGCAAGCCACACAUUAAAGGCAACGAAAAGUGUAUUUACGUCAAAUGCAGUAAAGCCAAAAUCAUCAACUUCUGCAGAACAUGCAGCCGACCCCACCACAAGUGGUGUUCAGUUCCCAAACGUAUCUACAAUGAAAAGGCUACCAUCGGACACUACGACAACUGUUGUCUUAUUUUUUACAGUGACAUCAACUGAAAAUCAUACAUCAGCUGCUACUACCUCAAAAAUUGCCCCAUCAACGACCGUAACACCAAAAACAUUAACUUCUGCAAGUCAAGCAUCAGAUGCUAUCACAACUGUCGUUCCAACCUCGGCAGUACCAGCAGAAACAUUGAAAGCGCUAACUUCUGCAAGUCAGACAUCAGAUCGUUCUCCCAGCGUUGUUUUAACCACAGCUUCUGAAGUUCGCGCAACAGACCCCACUGAAACUGUUGCUCCAUCAACGCCAAACUCAUCAACUUCUGCAAAUCAGGCAUCAAGCAUAACUUCCUCUGAAUUGUCAACUAUCCUAAGUUAUACACCAAGUGCAGCCACAAGUGUUGCAAUACCAGCAAGAGUAACACCAUUAACCUUUUUGAGCCGGUCAUUGGUUUCUGCUACGGGUGUCAUUCCAUCGAUGACAACAAAAUCAGAAUCAUUAACUUCUGCAAGUCCGGAAAUAGGUUCGACUACAAGUUCUAUUCCUGCCAUAUCAACAACAACAAAAUCGUCAAGUUUUGAAAGUCAUGUAUCAGAUGCUUCUACAAGCCUUCUAUUAUUAACAGUAAGAACAUCUGAGUCAUUAACUUCUACAAGUCAUACAUCAAACAAUACUAUAAGCGCUGUUUCAUCAAAGGAAAUGACAAGACUAUUCACUUCUGCGACUCAGACCCCCAGUGGCAUCACGAAUGUUAUUCCAAAGAAAGCGGAGUUUUCAACCCCUUCAGUUCAGGCACCAGACGCUACCGACAGCGGUGCUUCAUAUACGGCAAACUCAUUAACCUUUGCGAGUCAGGCAUCUAACACUGUUACAUCUUUUUAUCCAUUUACUGCGGUAAACUUCGAAUCGCCAACACCUGCGAGUCAUACACCAACGAAUUCAGCGAAUGCUGGUCCAUCAACGCCUAAAACGUCAAAAUUAUCAACGUAUGCAAGUCGUGAACCAUUAACUUCUUCGAGUAUUCGUUCCUUAACGGCAGUAACAUCAAAAUCAUCAACAUCUAGAGGUGAAGAGUCAGACGCUAUUACACUUGUUAUUCCAUCCGCGGCAGUUACACCAAAACUAUCAGCUCUUGCCUCUGAGGAAUCAGAUGAAGUCACAACUGUUGUUCCAUACACUGUAGUAACAUCCAAAUCGUUAACUUUAGGUGAAGCAUACACCACUACUACAGUCGGCAUACCUAUGGCAGAACAAUCAAAAUCAUCAGGGUCUUCGAAACAGGAAUCAGACACUACUACAAGAAUAGUUUCUUCUAAAGCAUUAACAUUAAAAGCGCCAACUUCUGCAAGUCAAUCAUCAGAUGUUUCUUUGAGCGUUGUUUUGACCAUAGAGGGAACAUCUACACGAUCAACUUCUACUAUUAAUUCACUAGAGAGUACAAGAAGCGUUGUUUUAUCUAUGGAAGGGACAUCAAAAUUAUCUCUUUCCGCAUUUCAGACUUUAAAGGGCACCACAUAUGUAAAUUCAUCCACAGUACUGAAACCAGAAUUUCAAACUUCGAAAAAUCCCGCAUCAGACUCAACUGAAAGUGUUGCUCCGUCAACACCAAACUCAUCAACUUCUUCAAGUCAGGCAUCGAGUGCUACUUCAACUUUUCCUCAAAUCACCGCGAUAACCUUUGAAUUGUCAGCUAUCCUAAGUUAUACACCGGGCGUUACCACAAGUGUUGCAGUGCCAGCGACAGUCACAGCAUUGACCUUUUUGAGCCGGUCACUGGUCACUGCUACGGGUGUCAUUCCAUCUAUAACAACAAUAUCAGAAUCAUUAACUUCUGCAAGUCAGGAGCCAGGUUCAACUACAAGUUCUAUUCCUUCCAUAUCAAAAACAUCAAAAUCGUCAAGUUUUGAAAGUCAUGCAUCAGAUGCUUCUACAAGCCCUCUAUUAUCCACAGUAAGAACAUCUGAGUCAUUAACUUCUACAAGUCAUAUAUCAAACUAUACUACAAGUUCUGUUUCACCAAAGGAAAUGACAAGACUCUUCAGUUCUGCAGCUCAGACCCCCAAUAGCACCACGAAUGUUAAUCCAACGAUAGCCAAGUUUUCAACCCCUUCAGUUCAGGCACCAGACGCUACCGACAGCGUUGCUUCAUUUACGGCAAACUCAUCAACCUUUGGGAGUCAGGCAUCUAACACUGUUACAUCUUUUUAUCCAUUUACUGAGGUAAACUUCGAAUCGCCAACACCUGCGAGUCAUACUCUAACGAAUUCAGCGAACGCUGGUCCAUCAACGCCUAAAACGUCAAAAUCAUCAUCGCAUGCAAGUCAUGCACCAUUCACUACCUCGAGUAUUCGUUCAUUAACGGCAGUAACAUCAAAAUCAUCAACAUCUGGAAGUGAAGAAUCAGACGCUAUUACACUUGUUGUUCCAUCCGCGGCAGUCACAGCAAAAGUAUCAGCUCUUGCCUCUGAGAAAUCAGAUGAAGUCACAGCUGUUGUUCCAUACACUGUAGUUACAUCCAAAUCGUUAACUUUAGGUGAAGCAUACACCACUACUACAGUCGGCAUACCUAUGGCAGAACAAUCAAAAUCAUCAGGGUCUUCGAAACAGGAAUCAGACACUACUUCAAGAAUAGUUUCUUCUAAAGCAUUAACAUUAAAAGCGCCAACUUCUGCAAGUCAAUCAUCAAAUGUUUCUUGGAGCGUUGUUUUAACCACAGAAGGAACAUCUACACAAUCAACUCCUACUAUUAAUUCACUAGAAAGUACUAAAAGUGUUGUUUUAUCUUUGGAAGGGACAUCAGAAUUAUCACUUUUCGCAUUUCAGACUUUAAAAGGCACCACAUAUGUUAAUUCAUCCACGGUUAUGAAACCAGAAUCUCAAACUUCUGAAGUUCGCGUAUCAGACUCUAGUGAAAGUGUUGCACCAUCAACGCCAAAAUCAUCAACAUCUUCAAGUCGGACAUCAAGUGCUACUUCAACUUUCCGUCAAAUCACCUCGAUAACCUCUGAAUUGUCAACUAUGCUGAGUUAUUCACCAGGCGCAACCACAAUUGUUGCAAUAUCAGCGACAGUAACACCAUUAACCUUUUUGAGCCGGUCAUUGAUCUCUACUACGGGUGUCAUUCUAUCUACAACAACAAAAUCAGAAUCAUUAACCUCUGCAAUUCAGGAGCUAGGUUCAACUACAAGUUCUAUUCCUUCCAUAUCAAGAAUAUCAGAAUCGUCAAGUUCUGAAAGUCGUACAUCAGACGCUUCUACAAGCCUUCUAUUAUCCGCAGUAACAACAUCUGAGUCAUUAACUUCUACAAGUCAUAUAUCAGACGAUACUACAAGGGCUGUUUCAUCGAAGAAAAUGACAAGACUUUUCAUUUAUGCAACUCAGACCUCCAAUGGCACAACAUAUGUUAUUCCAACGAAAGCGGAGUUUUCAACCCCCUCAGUUCAGGCACCAGACGCUACCGACAGCGGUGCUUCAUUUACGGCGAACUCAUCAGCCUCUACAAGUCAGGCAUCUUACACUACUACAUUUUUUGUCCCCUUCACUGCGGUAAACUUUGAAUCUCCAACAUCUUCGAGUCAUACACCAACGACUUCAGUGAGUGCUGGUCCAUUAACGCCUAAAACAUCAAAAUCAUCAUCGUAUGCAAGUCAUGCACCAUUUACUACUUCGAGUAUUCGUUCAUUAACGGCAGUAACAUCAAAAUCAUCAACAUCUGGAAGUGAAGAAUCAGACGCUGCUGCCAGUGUUACUCUAUCCACAACAGAUACAUUAGAAUCAUCAGCUUUUUCAAGUCAGAAAUUAGAUGCAAUCACAGCUGUUGUUCCAUACACUGUUGUGACAACAAAAUCGUUACCUUCGGGUCAAGCGUACACCACUACCACAAUUGGUAUACCCAUGGCAAAAGAAUCAAAAUUAUCACGGUCUUCGAAACAGGAAUCAGACACUACUAUAAGUGUAGUUCCCUCCAAAGCAGAAACAUCAAAAGCGUCAACUGUUGUACCAUCUAUGGUAGUAACUCCUAAAAUAUCAGUUAUUGCAAGUCAGGCAUCAGAUGCUUCUAAAAUUGUCGUUUUAUCCACAAGAGGAACAUUAGAAUCACUAAUUUCUGCAGGUCUUACACCAGACCCCACUUCAAGCGUUGUUUUAUCCACGACAGUGAUUUUUAAAUCCUCACUUUCUGCAAGGCAGUUAUCAGACGCAAGGACAAGUCUUUUUACAUUUAGAGUAGCAACAUCAAAAUCGUCAAAUGCUGCAAGUCAGGAAUCGGAUGCAACUUCAAGCGUUUUUCUGUCCAUGGCGGUUGCACCGAUAUCAUCAAGUUCUGUAAGUCAGGCAUCAGUCACUAAUAAAAGCGUUUCUCCUUUCAAGGCAGGAACAUCAGAAUCAUCAAAUCCCGCAAAUCACACUCCAGAAACCACUGCAAAUAUUCUCCCAUCUACAGUAGCAACAUCUAAAUCAACAACUUCUGUGAGUCAAACGUCAGACGUCGCCAACAGUGUUACUCCUUCAUUGACAGUGACAUUAAACUCAUCGCCUUCUGUGAGUCAGGCAAUAGAAAUUGCUACAAGCUUUGUUCCGGCUGUAGCUGCAACAACUAUCUUGAUAAGAUCAAGUCAGGCAUUGGGUGUUGCCACGAGUGUUGACUUAUACACAGCAGCAACAGCAAAGUCACCAAGCCUUGCAAUUCAGGCAUCAGACACACCUGACGCAAGCGUUUUAACAUUUAUGGCAGUUACGCUGAAAUCAACAACAUCUGCAGGUCAGGUAACUGAGGCAACUACAAGAGUCUUUUCAUCCGUAGUUGUAACUGUAGAUUCAUUACAUUCUACGGGUAAGGAAUCAGAUGCUACAACAAGUGUGGAUGCAUCUAUGGCAUUAUCACUAAUAUCAUCAAGGUCUGAAAGUCAGGCAACAUAUACUACAACAGGUUUUGAUUCUUCCAGAGCAGUGACAUCAAAAGUGUCAAGUUCUGCAAGUCAAACAACAGAUAAAACAACAGAUUCUUCCCCAUCUAUUGCUGUAACAUCUAAACCAUUAGGUUCUGCACGUCAGGAACCAGACGCCAAAAGUACAAGCGUUGUUGCAUUCAUAGCAGUAACAACUAAAUUUUCAACAUCCGUAAUUCAAGCAACACGUGUCGAUCCAUCUAUUUCACAGUCAUUACGGUCUGCAGGUCGGGCAUCAGACGCUACAUUAAGCGUUUUUCCGUCCAUGGCAGUAGCGCUAACAACGACGAGUUCUGUAACUAAGGCAUUAGACGCUGUUAAGAGUGUUGCCUCAUCUGUAAAAGUGAUACCAGAAUCAUCAAAUCCUGCAAGUCAUACACCAGGUACUUCUCCAAGAGGUGGCCUCUUCUCAACCACUUUUGAAUCUUAUAUACCAGAGGCUACCACGAGUUUCCCUCAUUUCACGUCGAUGGCAAUAAAAUUAUCAAUUUCUGUAGGACAAGCACCGGAUUCCUAUGCUGGUGAUGCUCCUUCAACAACGACAGCAUCAAUUUCAUCAAUGGUUAGAGGUCAAACACUGGACACUGCGGGAGUAACUUCUACAUCUUUAAGCUCUGCAAGUCAAAAAUCUGACGAAACUUCGAGAAGUGUUUCGUCUAUGGUAGUAAGAACAACAUCAAUUACUUUUGUUAGCCAAAAAUCUGAUGCUACUGGAAAUGUUGCUGCAUUUACGGCAGUACCAUCACCUCCAUCAUAUUCUGUAAGCCAAGCAUCGCAUGCAACUACAAUUGUUGCGCCAACAGUAGAAGUAACAUCAGUGCUAUCACCAUCUUCAAGUCUUGCAAUUGACGAUUCCAAAACAAUGAGAAUAGUAACAUUAGAACCAUCAACAUCUUUGAUUCCUGUUCUUUCUACCGCAACGAGUGAUUCAGAAGAAAAACAACCAUCAUCGACUACUGUUAGUAUCACAGAAGGCGCUACAUUGCCAGCUCCGUGUUCUGAAGGAGGCGAGUGUACUGGAAUUGACAGAUGUAUUUCAAACCCAUGUCAGAAUGAUGGAACUUGUAAACAACAAGGCCAAUCUUAUUUCUGUGAAUGUACGGUGGAGUAUGAAGGGAGAGUAUGUGAAAAAGGUAGAGUGGAUACCAAAAGGUAUAGAGUGACAGCGAAAAUACAGGGGCAAUACAAGUCACCCUACAGUAAUCUUGGUUCAUCCGAGUCCCAAGCCUUUAUCAAGAACUUUACGGAAAGAGUGGGUCGUUUCUUGAAGGAGAAACUUCAAGGAUAUCGAGGAAUUGAAGUCACCAGGUUAUUAAACGGUUCUGUUGUGGUCAAUUUUAUCAUUUUAACAGAACGCAACUCCGAUGCCAACGUGAAAACCAUAGAGCUCGCUCUAAUGGAGGGAAAUAGCACUGGUAAGCUUGGAGUCGUGUUGGUAGGAAACAUCAUUUUAGAGGAGAUUGUAGAUGCCUCCAACACAAAUAGCCCAACUACCAGCCCUAAAGACAAAGGACUUAAAAAGUGGAUGAUUGUAGUAUUUGUAAAUGGAAGCAUUAUAUUACUGUUUUUGCUGAUAAUUGUCAUCCGUUCGUUGAAUUGUAGGCGCGAUAAAGUACCAGAGAAUGACUUCAUUACGACGAACGGCGAUCAGAAAAGUGGUAGCACUGUAACAAAGCCUGCCAGCGAGAGACGCUGGCACAAGUUUCCGAGUAAAUGUGACAACUGCGAUAUUGAACUGACGGAUAUAAAGGUGAAAUUGUGAAGACAGCUGGAGAGGUCAUGGGACUCAGACUCUGCUCACUCACAGAUCAUGAAGGAGAGUCCCCAGGAAAGGCAUAACCUUAGAUAAAACUAGAUAAAGUCUUUGGUCCCAAGACGGAUACGAGAAAACAAACCAAAGUAAAGUGGUUGUUACUGAGUGCCGUGAAAACGGAGCUAGUCACAGUAUUAAAAUUAUGAAAGAGUUCUUUAAAGGGAGGUAACGGCUUUUAAAAAGAAAUGAAAUGCCUUAGUGUAGGUUCUCAAUUUUAAUCAACCUUUGACUGACUUGGAAACAUAGCAAACGUCAUAAAGUCAGAACCGCUAUUAGUUGGAUAUGGUUAUGGCUCUUUUAAGGUGAAUCCUUGGGAGGUAAUCCCAGUUUUUUGGAUUAAAUUUUUACGAAGCUGUUGGUAAAUUUAGAGGCUUCUUCCAGUAAAGGAAAUAGUACAUUUUAGAGGUCCUAUUCCAUAUUAAUAGGGCCUUUCGAUCCCCUCAACGUUCGUACUUUCACCUCCAAUAAUAUCAGUAAUUGCGUGUUGGUCCUCGAACCAACAACGCGAUGUACAUGCUUUAGUAUUAGUAACGUUUGGUUUGCUGAUUUAAGAGAUAUAACAGAAUCUCCAUUAACCCCUAGUUGUGAAUCACUAUAAGUUAGAUAAAUA